AUGGCACCUAGAGAAGUACUCAUUUCCAAAGCGUUGCUGUACCUUCUCCGACACGGCGCAGUCAAAGAAAAACUUCCAAUUGACUCCCGCGGCUAUGUAGAGCUCACGACAAUCCUCAAUCACCCUCGAAUCAAAACACAUCGUGCCACUGUGGAAGAGGUCGAGAAGGUCGUUGCAGAAAACGACAAGAAACGGUUUACCAUUGAGACCCGAGCAGACGGAAAUCAGUACAUCUGCGCCAACCAGGGCCACUCCUUAGACCUGGUGACAGAAGAAAAUCUCCAGCCGCUUCCGUACGGAGAUAUGCCCGACAACGUGUACCAUGGAACCUUUGCCAACAAACUAGAGGCUAUCAACAGCAGCGGGGGUCUUCUACGUAUGAAACGCAACCACAUUCAUUUUACCUCGGACGCCGAGUGGAGUCAGCUGGGGAUCAGAAAGACAUGCACGGUUUUGAUCUACUUGGACCUCGACAAGUGCAAGGAGCAGGGGCUAGAGUUUUUUCGUUCGGCAAAUGGCGUAAUCCUUACGAGGGGAGACGAGCGGGGGAUGGUUCCAGCGAGCUGUUUCCGGGAGAUCAAGCAUUUGGCUCAAGUGACCAAGAAGCCCAAAAGCCAAGACUGA